AUGGAAGACCUGGACGUGAGUGACAGCACCGUUGAUCAGACGGACUCAACAACACCAGCCGAACUGUUUCUGCCAACGAAGCCGUUCGAGUUGGAUCUGAAUGAGACACAUUCUGGCUCCACUUCAUCUCACAAGAAAUCUGCAUCACUCGCCACCCUUCACUCCGGUCGUCAUAUAUCUCUUCUCGUCAAUCACGAUGAGCAGGCACCAGGAAGUCGAGUCAGUUUAGAUGGCCAGCAUAAACUACAAGAAGAAUUUGCUCGGUUACAGAAGGAGAAAGAUUCAGAGAAUCUAAAGGGUCCUCCUACCCCCGGUUUCAGCGCUGGUAUCGAUUGGGACUUCUGGGGUGCUGUUAUAUCGGAUUAUCAACAAUUUGCUUCUGAAAGAUCAGACGAGUUAGCGCAGGCUAUUGCAAAAGGCAUACCACCGACACUAAGAGGAAUGAUGUGGCAGUUGAUGGCUGCAUCUAAAGAUCCCGAACUUGAGAGUACAUACCUCAAGCUCCUGAAGGAAAGCAGUAUCCACGAGAAAGCCAUCUUGCGUGAUUUGGGAAGAACGUUCCCUCAUCAUGACUUUUUUACUGAUGGGCAGGGUAUAGGACAAGAGAAUCUGUAUAACGUUCUGAAAGCCUAUUCAAUAUACGAUCCUCAAGUUGGUUACUGCCAAGGGUUACCUUUUGUUGUCGCAAUCUUAUUGCUGAAUAUGCCAGAUGAAGAAGCCUUCUCGCUCCUAGUUCGUCUGAUGCAGGUUUACGACCUCCGGGGACAUUUUUUACCUGAGAUGCCGAAGCUUCAACUUCGACUGUUUGACCGCCUGAUAGAAGAGCUCCUUCCGGUUCUCCAUGUACAUUUCCUCCGAGAAGGAAUCAAAUCGAGUAUGUUCUGUUCACAGUGGUUUCUGACAAUGUUCAGUUAUCGCUUCCCACUUGACAUUGUUUUCCGAAUAUACGACAAUUGCCUGGCUAGUGGUAUCGAAGCCAUCUUUGGCUUCAGUAUUGCGCUCCUUCGCAAAAACGAAGACCUACUUUUAAAUCUCAAGUUUGACGAAAUCCUUGCGUUUCUGAACACACGACUUUUUGAUCGGUACAAGGUUUAUUCUGUUGAAGGCGGCAAAGAAGAAAAGGAGAUACAAUAUCAAGUAAACGAAUUCGUGAACGAUGCUGUCUCCCUUCGAAUCACAGCUUUCAUGCUGGACAGCUACAGCCAUGAAUACGAGGAUAUGGUCCGAGAAAAAAAUAAACAUACCGCAGAAAUUGAUGAGCUUCAGAGCAGCAAUCGUGCCUUAUCAGCGCAAGUAAAAAGACUCGAGUCAAACUUUGCACAACUGAACGUAGAGCAUGUUGAGUUAUUGAAUGAACUGGUCAAAGCUAGACUUCGGAACGAAGAAAUGGAAGGGGAGCUUGUCCGAUACAAACUGCUAUAUGCUGAAGCCAUGCAUGAGAAUGAAGAUGCGCAGUCCUCCCAUCGUAUGUCAAUAAAUCAGAUCUUCGGCGGGCUGAAGAGAGGGAGUGGUUCUAAGGCGUCUUAA